AGAUUAGCAGGCCGCCUGCGCUCCUUGCCCCUAAGCCUCGUUUCCGGUGUACGACUCCAACGACGACGAGAUGGCCUCCCCGCUCCGUCGGAGCUUCCCCUCCCUCGGCCGCGCGCUUCUCACGCCGGCGCCGGCGCGGAUGCUCUCCGCGGAGGCCUCCGAUGCCCUCGUUGAGAUCAAGCCUGGGGAGAUUGGGAUGGUCUCCGGCAUCCCCGAGGAGCACCUCCGCCGUAAGGUUGUAAUUUAUUCACCAGCUAGGACUGCAUCUCAGCAAGGUUCAGGCAAAGUUGGGAGAUGGAAAAUUAACUUUUUGUCAACCCAAAAGUGGGAGAACCCAUUGAUGGGAUGGACAUCUACUGGGGAUCCAUAUGCUAAUGUCGGUGAAGCAGGACUUACAUUCAACAGUGCGGAGUCAGCAAAAGCAUUUGCUGAAAAACAUGGAUGGAAUUAUGUGGUACGGAAACGGCAUACACCUCUUUUGAAGCCUAAGGCCUACGCUGAGAACUUCAAGUGGAAAGGCCCCCCGAAGGCGGAGCAAGCAUAAGACCUCCAGCAGCAUGUGACCCUGACACUGGAAUGAUGUUAUUUUCCUCCUGAGCUCUAGAGUCUAGACCUCUUGUCCGUGAGCCUGGCAUUGGGACGGUGUUGUUUUCUUCCUGGACAGCCUUUUCUUUCAACAGUGUCCGUGGUGAAAGUACGAGCUAGAAUAUGCAUCUAUCAAACUUGUAAUAAGCAUGGUCUGCAAUCAAACAAAAUUAGUGUCCUUCGAAAACGUUUGUUCCUUGAUGACAUUGUAUCUCAAUACUGUAUGCUUCCUUGGCCGG